CUGCAGAUUAGAAGAACCAGAAAUGCAAAUUGGGUUUCCUUGUUGCUCAUAUUGGAUGGGCUGGUCCAUCUGCCUCCAAACCAAGCUGGAUGAAUGAGUUCCGAUCUUCUCCAGAAACCUUUCAAUGCUUCCACCCUCACCAGAUAUAAGCCAGGUUGAAAAGCCAAAGCGGAAGUCGAGAUACCCAUCAAGUGGUGCAGACUCACCCUUGAAUUCCCCAUAUCGGAGAAGCAUUGAUGGAUCGAGGCAUUCUACGAGUCAAACAUUCACCGGUACAGGCUUACCUUUAAAUUCCCCAUCAAAGCAUUCCAGGCACCUCUGCUCUUCAAACAAUUCAAUGGAUUCUCCAAACAGAGAUUCACCAGGUAGCGCCCGAAGAACGAAACUGCACCUGAAUUCAAGUCUUGGUGUUGAAUCACCAGCUCGUGACCAGCCCUCCAUACCAAGAAAUGCUCGGGGAAGAAAUUCUAAAGGAAUCAAGAUUAAAAGACAAGAAAUCUCCCGCUGGCAUCACUGUCUAUGGACCUCAGGGGUCUGAAACAGCACCGGAAAUAAACAGUUGCGCAAGCCAAGUUCAGUUUUGAUGGCAUGCAGAGAAGGAUGAGAGAAAUGCAGUAACUCGUACAUUAGAGAUUGAACAUACUGCUCUGCUAUGAAGAUAUUGUUAUAAUUCAGUUUCUACUUCAAUUAGUAUCAGACUUUUUUCU